AUGACCCAAACUGUGAAGCUGGACGAAUUGCAAGAAGAUGACCCCUCCUCGCCGGUCGUUCGAACGCGGGAGCCCCUGUGGCGCGUGCGGCACCUGCGACCUCUGCGAUCGCCGUCGCAGCUGGGGAAGCCGCCGCCCGUGACGGUGAAGACCCGCUCAGCGGCGAAGCUGCCCCUGAGCCCGGCAGCAUUGGAGCCGGAGCCUAAGCCCAGCCACUUGGCCUUUGGGGACGCCCUGCGCCUCACGCUGCCGCCGCUGGAUGACGAUGGCUUCGCAGCGGCGCUCUGUGCCUGCGUCCGCCCAAAGGCCGUUGGCGACGUCGGUCCGCGGGAGAUCGCUCCGACGGAUGCCGAGCGCGAGGAGUUGCGGCUGGCAGAGGACCUGGCAGCCUCGGGGCGUAGGGCCAAGGACUUCGUGGCAGUAACAGCUGCUCGAGUACGAGACCCCGACACCGUCGCGUGUCGAAGCGCUUGGCGGGUAUUCCGGUGUAGUGAGCUGGAUGGCUUCCCUGCCUCUUCCCGUGUGCACUAUGGACAGCACGUUCAGUUCGGGCUGCCAUCCGUCGACGAUGUGAGCUCCGAGAUCUUGCUGAGCUGCGAGCCACCCAGCCGUGGUGGAGGUCUGGGAGCCCCGUACCUGAUCUUCGGGCGCUUCGUGGACUUCGGCUAUGUCUGUCAGGGACGCCGGAGCUGGAACACGGCUUUCACCCUCGUGCCGGAGCAUUCCUCAGCCGGUGCUUACGGUGACCCCGUGGACUUGAGAUGGGGCGUGCGCAUUGUGCCCAUUGCGCCCUUCUCUUACCUUCACGGCCCACGGCUGAUGCAGGCGGUCUUUGGUGGCCUCAGCAACCCCGUCGGUCGGGGCUGCAUCUCACGUUCCGCUGCCGUGGGGAAGGACGUGCAGGAGCUGCUGCUGCACGCAUCAGCCCCGGAAGGAGAGCCUCCAGAUGUUGGCUGGGUGCUGGAGCGGCUUUGCCUCAACCCGGCCACGCCCCGGACAGCGGCAGGUGGAGACACGACCUUUGCACAGUGGCAUAGCCUCAGGGCCGUCAUCCUGAAGCGCAUCCGCCGGCGCGGGGAGGUCCUGGCCUACAGCAUCUUCCGAAAGAUCCUUUCGAAGGACUGCCUGGUGCUGGAUGGCCCGAUCUCCACCAGUCGAUUGCCAACGGCUGAUGGCUCGGCAGCCCUUGCUGAGCGGACCUUGGUCGGCGAGUCCUCCGUCUUGACAUCCUUGCGCUGCGACUACGGCGUCCAGCUGGGCGCGGAUGACAUGCAGCUGAUCACGACGCACUUUCGGCCGCCGGGUAGCGAGAGCCUGUGGUCCGAGCCUCUCAUCGACGUCAACGCCUUGGCGGACGCCAUCCGAGGAGAGACUUCGCCCGGGCGGUCGCGCACGUUGCAGCAGCUGUACUCGCUUCUCCAAAAGCAGGCCGGGUUGAAACCCACCGACAGCCUCGCAGUGGCCUGGAUCCGCACCCGUGUGGAGUCCACCGAGGUGGGCGGCGAACUUUUCCCCGCAGAAGAUCUGCUCGCCUCCCUGCCCCUCGUUCGCAGCCAUGCGGGCAUCACACGGCUGGCAUUCUUGCGCUGGCAGAUGGAUGCGCUUGCACUGAUCCCUUCCCAUGAAAGCUGUCUCCAGUUCUUACACCAGAUCUGGGGAGACGUCGUCUUAACGAUGGGGACGGAGGAAGAGAAGUUCAACUGGAGCUUGUCCCUCCCUCGCGGCGAGAUGAGGGUUUGA